CCGAGAAGAUAGUUGAAAGUACGACGCGAAGCGCAGUAUUUUUUACGAACUCUGAGGUAUUUGGAAAUGUGGUCAAACACUGUCUUGAGUGUUUGAUAUAUCUUCUGACUCGAAAUUAAGGAGAAAACGGAGAAGUAAAAUCGUACAAAUCAAUAGAAAUUAAGAUCAAAUAUAAAAAUUGUAACGGUCAUAAUUUCCUUUGAGAAUGUAUAUUCAAGAUCACUGAAUCCUCUGUUACCAUGACUGAUCAAAAUCGAAUUUCUCCCUACACCCUAAGACAAUAAAUAAGAAAAAAUAGUCGCCUUAGAAUCUUUAUUCUUUGUAAAGUAGAUAGGUAAUCAAAAUUUUGAAUAUCAUGAACCAAGUUUCUUAACGUACCAUUCCAUUUUCGAAACUGACAUUGGAAGAAUUGUCAGUGCGAAAAUCAGUAAGAAGAGAGAUGACACAUAACGUCAUCCAGGACAUAUUAUUUUUCCAAACAAUAUUUUUAUACGUUUGCUUAGAAACUUUCUUCUUUACUCAAGCCUCAGAAGGAGUUCGCAGCCAUCCGUGAACGUCAUGAAACAACCCCAUAGCACCAAAACGUCGGUCGCUGCUAUGUUGCCGCUCUUUUGAUUCCUUGACAGAUGAAGUCUUCUUCAUUUUAUAAAAUUAUAUUAUCAUGAAAAACUAUUUUUAAUGAAUGUCGAAAAUACUUGUCCAUUUCAAUUUUAUGAUUUAGAAUUGUCGUUCCAGAAAGCUUUCAGAAACCCAAAGUCUUCUGCAUUAUUCUACAAAGUAAAAACUCCGAUCGCGAACAAAAUAAUUUGCAUUUCAACCAUUGAAUUAAUAAAUGAACGGUUUUUUUUUAAUUGCCGUUUCAUUAGAUUGAAAGAAAUUGCUAGUUUCAGUAAAGAACUAUGACUGAUUUCAAAAUUAAAUAUACCUAGUAGAGUUUACUUUAAUUUGUCUCUCCGAAAGAUGCAUCAUUAUGAAAAUAGAAUUAGUCUAACCCAACUACCGCUCGGUUCUUUUUGCAGUUCGUGGAAAGCAACAAAUAUAUUAAAUACCAAGGUAUGCCGCUUUGAAACGGCGCAAGGUUCUCUAAGUAUCCCGCAGGAAUCGUAACACAAGAGACUACAAGCAAAUUCAAAUGCAUGACCAAUUACUGUAAUGAAUAAUUUUAGUCUGACAGAAAAAUAUUAAACUUGGCAAAUUAUUGCAUGUUUGGUCUAUAAGAAGCCUUCAAGGUUAAAUAUUUUUCCGAUGUGAUAGUAAGUUAUCGCUAAUUUCUAGUCCCAAAGGCACAACUAUGAGGCUUUGCUUACCAUAAAUCUUUUGCGGCCGCGAAAUUCGUUUCUUCGCCGGACACUCUCUCAACAAAGAAAAACAGUCGGCUUUCCUCCCUGCUGCUUUGUGAUGGAAAACCUUACUUUUACACAGUUAGACGUUAAAAGCGUAUUUCAACGUGAAGGAGGAGAAAACAAGAAAGCAAAUCAAUUAGCUAAGAGAUUUCCUGUGUUUUCAUAAUGUUUGUUCCUCUCCUGCCGUCAGUCAUAAGCAUAUUCACAUAAAAAGAAACGAUUUUGAUUUUAGCCAAACAAGAAACAAGAUUGAGGGCAGCCGAUCUGUGUGACGCUUUUUUUUAGGUUUCAUCUUAGACAAAUUGAAGAAAUUAUUCUCCGAAAAUUACCAAAAUGACACCGUGUUUCAAGUAACCAUAACAAAAUGGAUUUAGUCUAAACUUUAUUAUAAAGUACCCCAACAGAGGACAAGCUAUUGUCUGUAAAGUCGUCUUCUUUCCAAACCUAAACAAAGACUGUCGCUGCUAUGUACUAUGGCGAAUUAAAGUUUGCAAAUCUUGGCAUAAAUCGCUACCAGUUUCUUUUAGGUGCAUGCAGCUUAAUCCUGUAAGACAUGGAAUAGCUAUAUUUUUCGAUAUAAAUGAUUUAAACGUCGUUGAUCCUCUAAGCUUUUCUGAAACUUUUUGAUAAAACCUUACGGACAAAUUAAAAAUUGGCAAUAAUGGACCACACAUUUUGCUCACAACGCAGCAAACAUUAUCGAUGGUCCUCGCCGGAAGACCAUUACCGGUAUUUUUUUAAUUUAUUUUCGUGAGAACCUCAACUAAGUCUCUGACAUAUGUGAAUAACAUCAAGAAGGAAUUGCACAAAGUAAGAAAGUCUUUGCUUUGUUUAUCUUAUACGAAGGAGGCAUCAACAUCGAACGAUGGAGAUCUUAAAGGAAGCGUUUCGUUGUAGCAAGAUUAAUUGUCUUUCGGUUAAUUUAUAUGUGGUCCCGAUCAGAGCUAAUUAUUAUGCACAAUCGUGCUUUGUUGCAUAUUUCAUAAACUUUUGCUGUUUGAAGUAGAACCAUGCUAAAUUUAAUCAUUUAAACAAAAGCUUGGUAAAGGUCAGAUUUUCAGAUCGGCGGCCAUUGCACAAACGUAGCGCGCUUUAUUAUUUCGUUUUUAAUCGACCGAAAUUUGAGCCAAGAACCUUAAAAUGUAUCUCAUAAGCUACUGGAAGUAAUUGUCUUUGCUCUGUUAACUACAGUUCUAGAAAGUUCUGGAAAAUUCAGUAGAGGUGUGAAAUUUGUCAAAUUGAUUGUUAGUUAGUCACAUGUAAUGACGCUUACCCAGCAAGCCGCCUAAAAUGUAAUGACAGCAACAGACAUCACAUUUAUUUCAUACUGAGAUAUCGAUUCUUAUCUAAGAUUUUUAAAAUGAUACUCCACGGAAUAUGUUUGAAAAUUUCUUCUCGAUCUUUCUAUCAGCGAAAUACUUGAGCACGGAAAGUGCAAGCUUUUUGGAGUAGUAUUGUGUAAACUAAGUGUACUUCAUAUUUCCUUUAAAACUAGCAUUGACUGUUAUUUGAGCUUUCAGACUUGAAUUUGUUUCUCAUUCGCUAUUUAAAAGCUUUAAAAGGACCCAAAACACAAGAGAUUUGUCGGCGUAUCUCGCGUCAAUCAGAGCGGGAAGCUGAUUGAUCCGAAAACGGCAUGUCGUCAGAGCCUGUAGUAAUGACGGCAAUUAUUUGUAGUACAGUUAUUUCAAGCUAAAAUAUCGAUCCAUAUCUAAGAUUCUUUUAAAACGUUACUUAACGGCAGGUUGAAAUUUUUCCUUAAGUUCUUCAGUUGUUACCGAAAUACGCUAAAGCGAAGCAUGGAUAAAAAGCACGUUUCUCAAGCGAAAGACCCUUAAUAUUUAAUUUCGAUCAAAAUUGACUGUAAUUUGAGCCUGGAGACUUCAGUUUGUAUAUGUUACGCUAGUGGAAACAACUGACGCAGUUCUAGGACCCUCAGUACGUUUUAAAAUCUUGAAAAAACUCAAAGGAACGUACGUAUCACAUGGCAACUGAUAAGAAUGAUUCGUAUCUAAGACUUUAAAACGUUCUUUGACCGGAUCGGUGUUCAGUUAAGCUCUUCUUUCAGCUUUUUCGAAUCGACGAAAUAAGUGAAGGUCAGAGUAUGGGCUGUUCUGCGUCCGUCAAAAGGCACAUAGAAAUUAAUAACAAUUCAGUUUCUAUACCUCUUUCUACCAAGGAAAAAUGCCUUGUAAGAAACUCGUGGGGUCUGAUCAAGAUGAAUAGCACGCUUGUUGGAAAGACAAUCUUUCUCAGGCUAUUUCACAUGAAACCAGAUCUCCCAAAACUGUUUCCAGAAUUGAAGAGCAUUACCAGUGGACAGCUUGAUGCGUCAAGUACCGUAUUUGGUCAUGCUGAGAGAGUAAUGCGCGCAGUGGAAAAUGCUGUAUCAGCACUGGAUGACGCCGAGAGCUUUACUGCUUACUUGGAGGAACUGGGACGGAGGCACAAAGUGCGAGCGCUAAAACCUGAUUAUCUAGAGGCGAUGCACAAAGCGUUCAUGUGGACUUUGAACGAUCUUUUACACUCCACCUGGAACAGUGAUACUGCGGACGCCUGGAGCAAACUCUUCCUGUUCGUCUGUGACGUGAUGAUACGGGGUCUACGAUCUUAAUUAAUAAAUGUUUGUGAAAUUCCACAAUCUGGCUGUAAUCUACCUUGAACAUUUUAAGCAAGAAAACAGCUUUAAUUUACUCAUGUUCGCUUAGAAUUGUAGAAUUGUUAGAAUCGUAGAAUUGUAGAGUUGUAGAAUUGUACAAUUGU